UGGAUCUCACCGCUAUCACUUUCUAUCUCUCUCUCUCUCUCUCUCUCUCUUCGUGGUCUCCAUUUUCACCAUGAGAAUAAGAAAAAAUGCAAAAAUAUCGGCGCUUCUUUACACAAACUCAAAUCUUUCAAGUGUUGCUGAUCAAUGUAUGCUCCAGAAGAACUUGUGUCAGCUCAAUCAAUCUCCAUGGGAUAUUAUCACUUUCCCAUCUUCAGAUUCAUCUUCUUCAUUCUACCGGUUUGAUGAUAAUGAGGUUAAUUGCAACGUUAAUGUGGCUGGAAAUGGGAGUUCUAUUGACUCCAUUGGUGGUUUUGAGAGUAUGGCUUCCAAGACCUCGGGGUUAGGCGAAAACGAUAACGUUAAUGGUAGAGAUAACGGUUAUGAGGAGAAUUUAGGGUUUAAGGAGGAAGGAGGGACAAGUGAGAUUCAAGAAGAAAUUAAGUUAUGUGGUAUGAGUGAUGAGAAAGGAUGGCAAUGUGGUAGUGUAGUGAAAAAUGGCAACACAAUGUGUGACCAUCAUAUUACCAAGCUACAAGACCAAGCUGUUUGGACUACUAAGAAAAAGUCUGGGCCGGGCUCUGGGCUCACAACAGGAGCCCGACCUCGCCGGCCCAAGAAACGGCCCACUACCGACCCGCAUGAGUUCUACUAUUACUCAGGGUUUGGGCCGUCUUGGGGCAAGAAAAGAGGAUCAACGUGUACAACUUUAAAUGUGGGUAACAAAGCUGCUAGUGUUGCUUCUAAUAGCAACACGAGUAGCAUCAGUGGUGAUGUGGAUCUACAAGAAGAGAUGGGAAAACGAUUUGAACCCGAUACGUCUAAAGUGGAGCCCGUAGCAUUAGGUAAUUACUUGGAUGAUGAGGAUGAAGAAAUUGAAAAGGUAUUCAUUGGGAAAAAGAGAGGGAGGAAACCGAUUAAGGAAAGAUCAUUGAAAUCUUUGAUGUGAUGAAAUGCUUGUAAUGGUUUUGGAUAAUGUACUUCUGGAUUGUUGUUUGUGGCUCUCAGAAAUCAGAAUUUUAGCAUUUUUGUUACAUUGUUU